AUGGCGGGAUCCAAGCGAUCGCGCUCUAUCGGUGAAUCGGAUGAGAGACGACCUAGUCCCCCCGCUCCUUUACCACCAAAGAAGCCAGCCUACCUCUCUACGAAAUCUGGGUUGGCUACGGCAUUUCCAAGCCCUACAUCGGCACUCGAUGACGACGAGCAUCACGAUUCGUUGAUUGCAGAUAAUGGCGGUAAAAGCGACGAGAAUAGCCUUACCGACCAGGCGUUGGUGCAAGAAGUCUUGAAGAUCGUGGCGAAUGAAAGUAAAGCGAAAGUCAUGAUCCUUGAGUCGAUGAGGAAGUAUUCAUUCAACUUGCUUCGCUUGAAAGAGCUACUGAGAGAAAAUCAUCUCGAGGUUAGCUUUUCUAAAGUCGAAUAUACAGAUAUCGCUCCCCUGGUUGGACUGCAACCACAUGCACGAGGAAAUGAUAUACGCACCUUUGAUAUGUUUCGCGCCCGACUCCCGAACCAUGUCUUCAACGGCAUCAUCCGAGACCUUGGAGUAUUCUCUAAGCAAUAUGGCCCCGUCGGCCAGCACCAAAAUGAGGAAGCUAGAUCACGCUAUCUAUCAGCGUAUUUCAACCAAAUUGUCGCUAUGUUUGGCGGUCUUCUGUUCAAUACCCCAGAAACAAUCUUAGAGGGCCGGAUCACGACCAAAGGCCGUAUAGAAUAUCAAUUCCAGACUUACGGCGGAAUUACGGUUGUUUUCAUCGAAGUCAAACUGGACAUUGGAAGCUCGCGGGAACGUCUCAACUGUGUUGCGCAAGUCAUUACUGAAUGUGGCGCAUGUGCUUGGAUGAACUAUCAAAGAGGAUAUCAAAUUCCCAUUCUAGCGGUCUUGUGCGACGGCAAUUAUUUUUACUUCUUCAAAUUUAUCGAUCGACACGGGCCACAUAAGAACCCACUGUUCCUUGGGGGGAAAUAUGCAAACGGUCACCGGGUAAUGAAGAUUGAAGAUAUUGACCUGAUGCCUACCGCCGAUAGUCGGACUUAUUUCCAACAAAUCCGGCAAACAUGCGAGAGUUUCUACUACAUCUUUCUUAUUGCAUACCAAUGUGGCCUAGAGGCUUACUGGCAGUUGAGCCUGGAAAAGAGUAGGACAGAGGGCAAAGGAAGAGAAUCAACUCCAAGGUGGCACAGGGCCGUCGUCUAUGCCAAAGCAGCCGUUGACGAAGCGCUGUUGGCUUGGAGACUAAUCGACCAGGGCGAUGUCACGGGGUCGAUGGAAUCUGCAGAAAGAGCAGCUGAACUUCUGGCCGAGAGCGUUGAAGAAGCUCCUUUCACUCGACAUGAUCUCUUUUCUGAAUACACGGAAGAUAUGGCGAAUGUGCCUUGA